AUGGAGGGUACACCUGGAAAAGAGCGGCGUAAGGGGCCCUUGGGUCCUAUACGCUGCUUCUCUAGAGACAGCAGCAGCAGCAACAGCAGCAGCAGCAGCAGCAGCAGAGGGUAUGGGGGAUGCCGUCUGGUGCCGAUGAAUUUAGAGCAGCAGCUGCUGCUGCACCGUAAGCGGCCAGCGCAAUCGGAGCAGCAGCAUCAGCAGCAGCAACAACUGCUGCAGCAGCUGCAUCAAGACAAUGAUCAGCUGAUGCAGCAACAGAAGCAGCAGCAGCAGCAGCAGCAAUGCCAUCUAUCUGCUCCUCCUGCUGCUAAAAAGAGAAGAUCAUACUUAGAUGGUAUUAGGAAUCUUGUCUGGCCCCGACGGACUGCAACAGCAGCAGGAGCAGCAGCAGCAGCAACAGCAGCAGCAGCAGCAGAAGAUGAUGACGAUUUUGUACGAAUAGUAAUACCCCCAAGACUAGAGGGAUUCCUUGUUGACCUUCCUUCCCGCAGCAACAGCAGCAACAGCAACAGCAGCAGCAGCAGCAACAGCAGCAGCAACAUCAACAGCAGCGGCGGCAGCAACAGCCGCAGCAGCAGCAGCAGCAGCAUCGUGGCCCUCUCUCCUUCUGCAGCAAAGAAUAAACUCUUGCGGUUCACCUCUAGCCUUAGGCGUGUCUGCAGCAAUAGCAGCAACAGCAGCAGCAGUAGCAGCAACAGCAGCAGCAGCAAAAGCAGCAGCAGCAGCAGAAGGAAGCUAGGGUGGGGCUUAUCCCUCUCCUCCUUGGGAUCGUCUCCUCCCGCCCCACACCUCAAUCGUUCCCAGUCUACCCCCUCUGAUCAGACAGAUCUGCUGCUGCUGCAGCAGCAGCAGCAGCAGGAACAGCAGCAGCAGGAGCAGCAGCAGCAGGAGCUAAAAGAGCAGCUCAAAGAUUUAUUUGUUUUUUCUCCAGUGCAUGCACUCCCUCCCAAGGGCCCCAAAGGGGGUAUACCUAAGAAAAAGGGGGGGGGCCCCGUGGGGGCCGCAUGGAAGCCUCCUGCCCCUCUUCCUCCCCCUAAGGAAGAUGACGAACUUUCUUCCCCUAUUCAGGAGGGACAAACAAUAUUAAAAAAGGGUAUUUUUGCUAAGAAGACCCUUGUAUUGCCAAAGAAGGAGGGGCCCCCUAAGGAGGAGGGGGCCCCCAAGGAAGGAGGGGAGGGGGCCCCUAAAGAACCUCCACCUCCUAAAGAGGGCGCACCCAAGGGGCCCCCACCUACGCCUAAGAAACCACCGGGGCCCCCAACCCCACCUAAACCCCCAAGUGCUCUUCCUAAGAAAGCGGGGCCCCCUAAGGUGGGGCCCCCUAAGGAAGAACCACCUAAGGAGGGCCCCCCUAAAGAGGAACCACCUAAAGAGGGGCCCCCUAAAGAGGGACCACCUAAGGAAGAACCUCCUAAGGAGGGGCCCCCAAAGGAGGGGCCCCCUAAAGAGGGACCUCCUAAAGAGGGGCCUCCUAAGGAGGCACCGAAAGAGCCGGCCCCCAAGGAGGGGCCCCCUAAGGAUGAAGGGCCAAAGGAGGCCCCAAAGAGUCCCCCCAAGGGGCCACCAGCGAAGUUGACCCCAAAGGGUCCACCAGAAGGGGCAAAAAAAGAAGCAGCAGAAGGGGCCCCCCCUAAGGGGGGCCCCCCCAAGACAGUGCAUCGUAUUGUCUUUGGUAAACAAGGAAAGUCGGCAAAGAUUACUGAGGAAACGGUGGACUCGAGACCCCAGCGUUUCUUCAUAACCCCUGAAGGGACGUUGGCUAAUCUCCCUAAAUGUAUUAAACCCAUCGAUAAGGACCUCCUCCCCAGGAUAAAAGGAUGUAUGGCGGGUACCGAGCAUGUACCAGGGGUUGGAUCUUUACCAAUUGUUAUUCUUUUAGAUAAUAAUAAUCAGGAGGUUUGUCGUCUUCCUUGGCAAGUUGACUUAUCUUCUUUUACUCUUGCACAAGCUGCUCUGUCUAGCUUAGCAGCAAAGAAAUUAGGGUUACCAGUAAAGACAGAAGAAGAAGAAAAACCACAAGGAUUAAAAGAAUGGCUUGCUGGACAGGGUUUAGCCAAGUUCGGCUUAACCAAGACAGGAGGAGGGGUUGGUUGGGGUACAGGUGUUGGUGGAGGACCUGUAUCUGCAGACUUAGCAAGUCUUGCUGCUGCUCUUGCUAAGGCAACGCCGCCUCCUCCAGAACCUAAACCUAAACCAAAAGAACCCGAGAAGAAAGAACCACCAAAGAAGGGGCCCCCUAAGGCGGGGCCCCCUGGCAAAGGACCAGGAGGAGGAAAGGGGCCCCCUAAAGGACCACCAGGAGGAAAGAAAGGACCAUCAAUAAAAAAAGGAGGAGGAUUUAAAAUAGCAGCAAAAGACGAAAGUAAAACAAAAAGAUUUUUUUGGGAUCCAAUCUAUGAAGACGAUGUACCUGGAACUCUUUUUCAAAAAGAAGAACCAUUCCCUGUUAAAGAAGAAGAUGUCGAGGAAACUUUUGCCAAGGUCGCCCCCAAGGCCAAGACAGAAAUUAAGAAACCUAAAGUAUUACAAUUAUUACCUGACUCUAAGAGGGCAUAUAACAUGAAUAUUGCCUUAGCUAAAUUUAGUAAUUAUUCUUAUCAAGAAUUAAGAGAAGCAAUUAUUGAUCUAAACCCUAAGAUAUUAACAGUAGAGGCAACAGAAAGUCUUCUUAAUUUAGUUCCUACCCCUGAGGAAUUAGCAGUCAUGAAGGAAUAUAUUAAUUCAGGUAUUUAUUUAUUUAUUUAUUUAUUUUAA